AUGUCCGCGAACGCCGCCCCCGUCCCCAACACCCCCGGUCCUUUCCCCGUUGGAAUUCCUGCUGCUGAGACAAGCUCGCUAUGGGAAAGGUUAUCGAAUUGGGCGUCUGAGAACAAGGGCACAGUGUAUGCCGUCGCAGGUGUCACAUUCGUGGUUGGCGCCGGUGGCGUCAUCUACUAUCUCUCAUCAGAUUCGACCGGCGGCUCAUCAUCGAGCUCAACAUCAGCGAGCAAGACGAAGAAGAAGCGAGACCGCAAGAAGGCGAAGGAAAGGGCCGAGAAGGACACUACAAAAGACGAACCUAAGGCUGCUGAGCCCAAGAAGGCUUCAGUGGCACCCGCAGCUGAAGAUGAGCUACCAGAGGUUGAUGAGGAUUCAGUAGCUUCUCUCUCCGAAGAGACACGGAAAGAGUACGCCGCAAAAUUGAAGGCGGCUGGAAAUAAGGCAUACGGCUCCAAGGACUACAAUCGCGCCAUCGAGCUGUACGGAAAGGCGAUCAUCUGCAAGCAGGACCCUGUUUUCUACUCGAAUCGAGCUGCCUGCUGGAACGCAAUGUCGAACUGGGAUAAGGUGAUUGAGGACACAACCGCGGCCAUCAACCUGGACAACGAGUACGUCAAGGCCCUCAACCGACGAGCGAACGCAUACGAGCAGGUGGAGCGCAACAGCGAGGCUCUUCUCGACUACACAGCAAGCUGCAUCAUCGAUCAAUUCCGCAACGAGGCCAGCGCACAGAGCGUGGAGAGAUUAUUGAAGAAGGUCGCCGAGGCCAAGGGCAAGGCCAUCCUUCAAGGCAAGGAGAAGAAGCUUCCCAGCCCCACAUUCGUCACAAAUUACCUCCAGAGUUUCCGACCGAAGCCCCCACCAGCCGGCCUCGAGGAGGAUGCGGACCUCGACGAGAACAGUGGCAAGGGCCAGCUGAGGAAGGGCCUGAGCGCAAUGGACACCAAGACCUCCGAUGGCUAUAACGAGGCUGCUGCUGCGUUUGACAAGGCAUUGGAGCUGGGCGAUCUCGGAGAGCAUGAGGCUUUUGCGUAUAACAUGCGCGGAACCUUCCGAUACCUUAAGGGCGAGAACGAUGACGCAUUGAAGGACAUGGAUAAGAGUGUGGAACUCCAGCCAUCUUUGACACAAAGCUACAUCAAGCGUGCCAGCAUGCAUCUCGAGCUCGCCAACCCUGAUGCUGCCGAAGGCGACUUCGACGCUGCCCUCGCCCAAGACAACACCGACCCCGAUAUCUACUACCACCGCGCACAACUUCACUUCAUCAAGUCCGAGUUCGGCGAUGCCGCAAAGGACUACCAGAAGUCGAUCGACCUGGAUAAGGACUUUAUCUUCUCGCACAUCCAGCUCGGUGUCACACAGUACAAGAUGGGCAGCAUCGCCUCGUCGAUGGCAACCUUCCGCCGCUGCAUGAAGAACUUCGACAAGGUCCCCGACGUCUACAACUACUACGGAGAGCUGCUGCUCGACCAGCAGAAAUACCAGGAAGCCAUCGAGAAGUUCGACACCGCCGUCGAGAUGGAGAAGAGCAUCAAGCCCAUGGGCAUGAACGUCCUGCCGCUGAUCAACAAGGCCCUCGCCCUGUUCCAAUGGAAAAACGACUUCGGCGAGGCCGAGAAGCUUUGCGAGAAGGCCCUCAUCAUUGACCCAGAAUGCGACAUCGCCGUCGCCACCAUGGCGCAGCUCCUCCUGCAACAGGGCAAAGUGACAGAGGCACUCAAGUACUUCGAGCGCGCGGCCGAACUCUCGCGCACCGAGGGCGAGAUCAUCAACGCGCUCAGCUACGCCGAGGCCACGCGCACGCAGCUCGAGGUCCAGGAGAAGUACCCCAAGCUCGCGAGCCGACUCAGCGCAAUGGGCGCCGGUCUCGGCGGAAUGAGGUAA